CCGAAACGCGCGUUCAGCGCGAGCAGAGCAGAGCUGGAAACCGAAACGCGCGUUCAGCGCGAGCAGAGCCGAGCCGGAAACCGGAGCGCGUUCAGCGCGAGCAGAGCAGAGCCGAACCAGAAACCGGCGCGCUUUCAGCGCGAGCUGAGCAGAGCCGAACCGGAAACCGGAGCGCGUUCAGCGCGAGCCGAGCCGAGCCGAGCCGGAGGACAGAAUGGUCAGGAUGAAGAUCCUCCUCUUCAUCUUCACCUUCUGCCUGAUCUCAGAUGGAGGAGACUCCAAGGAAGUAACAGGAUAUUCAGGAGGAGGAGUCCUUAUCAAGUGCAAGUAUGAUACAGAUUACACACAAAAACAAAAAUAUUUCUGUAAGGGUUCAUCGCCAGGCUGUUCUGAUCUAAUAAGGACAAAGGAUAAAAACAUGUUGGUAACUUCAGGAAGAUUCUCACUGUUUGAUGACACCAAAUCAGCAGAGUUCAGUGUGAUGAUCAGAGAGCUCACUGUAGAGGACACUGGAACGUAUCAGUGUGGAGUUGAUAUAUCUUUGGGAAAGGACAUUUACACACCAGUGGAACUAAAAGUAAAGGAAGAUCUGUCCUAUGAGAAGUUCAUCAGUAAGACUGUCCAUGUAGGAGGAGAUUUAAACAUCAGCUGUAAAUACCCACAAUCCCUCAGGAAUCACUCCAAGUUUCUCUGCAAGAGGCUGCAACCUGCUGCUUGUGUUUAUAAAGAAUCUGUUAAAGAAAGUAGAAAAGAUGUAAAUGUUGGGAAAUUUUCUCUGUAUGAUGACAGAACAGAACAAAUCUUCACUGUGAGUAUUAGAAAUGUAGCUGAGCAGGAUUCUGGUGAAUUCUGGUGUGGAGCUGAAGCAGCCUGGACAUCUGAUCAUGGAUACAAGGUUUAUUUCACACAGAUCAGAGUGACAGUUACUGAUCCACGUGCCCUGGUUCCAACCUCAAUACCUACACAACCUUCAUCAUCUUUAUAUUCAUCAUCAUCAUCAUCAUCAUCAAUAUCUUCAUCGUCAUCAUCAUCAUCAUCAUCAUCAUUGUAUGAGCCUCCUCCAGCUUCUCCUCCAGGAGUAUUUUCAGCUUCCACUGUGAUCACUGUAUCUGUAAUUCUACUGCUACUUCUAAUUGGAAUCUCAGUCCUGCUUGUGAUUCUACAGAAAAGACAAAAGAUGAAAGGAGGUACAGCUGCUUCUCACAGGACUUCUGUCCAAAGUUCAGGGAACAACCAAGAGGUUCCUCCUGCUCUCUGUGAGUAUGAGGAGAUUAAAGACACCAGACGACUUUCUGCCUCAGACACAGGAUUUUCAAUCAUUUACGCUACUCCUCAACUACACACAUUUCCUUCUGAGCUUCCUCAAACUGUUUAUGCAAACACUGAGUUACCUGCAAGCCCCUGUGAUCCUACUGUUUAUUCUACUGUUAAAUGUCCCACAGACCCUCCUGAUCAGGACUUUUACUCCACAGUUCAGUUACACUAAAGUCCCUCUGAUAGAAGCAGCAGAAAGUCAUUUAUGUUGAUUGAUUUGACUGUUUUUAUUUUGAUGAUUUUAACUCUGAGUAAGUGGCAUUGGAAAUGCACUGCUUCGUUUAAACUGUUCUUUUGCUUAUUUUCAUCUUCCUCAUCCCUUUUAUCUUCCAUGCCCAAAACAGUAUUAAACACAAUCUAGUAAUUUUUGCCUGAAAAUGUAUUUUAGAUGUUAUAGCUGUGGUGUUGCAUUAUUAUUUACCUCAAUGGACCAAAACCCUACAGCUACGAUUCAAAAAGGCUUAGUUUUUUAUUAGAUAGUUGAAAUGCUUUUUGUGCCUAAAAUCAGUCAGUUUACAGCUGCUGGGGGUCUCAGUUAGCCAGAAAUCUGCAAGUAGCAUUUGAUGUAAAGAUCAGUUUGUUGCUCUGUGGGCUCCACUCUCAUACUUGUGGUUUGAUUGAAUAUAUUUCUUCAUAUUUGUGGUUUCCCCUCUGUGUGUGUCAUUGUGUUCUUGUCGGCCUAGUACCGCUCUGAUAAGGGAACUAGUGUGACUCAUGCUCAAACUCUAACAAGAGUUUCCUCUAGAGCAGGGGUCACCAACCUUUUUGACACAGAGAGCUACUACUUGGGUACCGAUUAAUUUUUUGCAUAUUUCACACUCCUGAAAUAAAAAAUUAGCUCAAUUUACAUUUAAUUAUAUGUUAUUAUUAAUAAUGAAUGAUAUUCAUCUAUGUUAAGAAACUGAUCAUGUUAAUGAUUUCUCACAAUAAUUAUCAAUAAUGACCAUGUUGGUGACCCCUGCUCUAGAGUGAGACAAUUUGGGCCUGCUCUUAUUUUAAUUAAUCACAACAUACAGCCUGUUCUGAUUGGCACGUGACCUCACAUUACCCAUGGUCCAGUUAUUUUAAUGGAUUUCCUAAAUUCAGACAUUUCAGUUCUGAUCCAUAGCCAUGUGAUGUUGAGAUUAGAGGAUGCUGUAACUAAAUAAAACUAAACAUGUCCAGAUUGUGAUGCAUUUUCUUGUGCCUGAAUUCACUUUGUCCAUUCAUUUAUUUUGAUAAUCUAUAGAGGUGCUGAUAUAUUGGUAUAAUGUUGCUGUUUAAUAAUUUUUUUUUUGAUAAAUUAUGUUAAAUGAUGGCUGUAUUAUAUAUUCACUGUUGCAUUUGUUAGGAUGUUACUCAGUAAAAUAGACACAUUUCUGCAGUUCAGUGUUUCUUUAGUGUUUGAGCAGCUAAACAACUAUUAGAUUGCAUUAUUUUAUUUUAUUUUUUAGAUAAGAGAUGCCACAAAAUGCCAUUAAUUGUUUUUAAACUAUAAGAAAACACCAGUGCAGAGAUCCAAAUUUAGCCUAAGAUCACUACUGAACAAAUAAGAGUUGGUAGUAGUGGCGACCUAGCAAGGUCAUCUCUGCUCGAGGAUAUGCGGUAUACCGGUACUGGAAAAAUGCCUGCAUAUAAUAUAUUUCAACCGGUACAAUGUCAUAAUUUUGUUGAACUCGGUAUUUCAUACGCUGCUGUUCCAAAUGUCACCUGUAGGCGGCAGUGCUUCCCAAAUUGCUUCGAAACCGUUAGAAGACUGAAAAGAUAUGCAUAUGCACAUUAAUUGUGGUACUUCAGAUGCAUUAUUUGUUUUCAAAGUCAAAAUGUAACCUAUGAUCCUGAUAUUUUGUUUGCACUAUGUUUUUGCACUGAAAAGAUAAGAAGAUUUAAAAAUAUUUUCAUUGUAUUACUUCAUUUAAAAAUAUAUAAAUAUCUAACAGCAAAAUGUAAUUUAGGAUUAAGGUAUUAAGAUAUGAAUCUAUUUUCCUUAUUAUUUCAGUAAAAUUGUUUCCAAUUUA